CAAAUAAUUACAAACGCAUUUCAAUUACAAGACAAUAAGUGUUAAAUUUACAAAAUGUCGCUUGAAGGGAUAAAAGAUUGUUAACUUUGAAAUUGAAUUAAUUGUCAGUUUUAAAAAACAAAUGCCAGAGGGAGUUCUUAUACGGGAAAGUAAUAAGUUGGGAAAAACUUCUAUUCAUGUUAAAAUAUAUUGAAUUACAUGGAGUAACAUACUUAAUAUUGGUAUUUCAUAAGGAAAAAAAUAAACGAAGAAGGAAUAAAAGCAUUAAAUGUAAAAGAGAGUCUAUUGAAAAGUAAACACUAAUAUACAGUGACUUUAUAAAGAAUAUUCGCGAAUGUUAAGUUUAGUGAUUCAGUUAUAUAAAAUAAAGUUUUUAUAGAAACGUGGAAUUAACACUGCCUCUAAAUAACACCACAAAUUCUAAGUGAAGAAGAAUAGGAAAAAACAGUACUUAGGGGAGAGAAGUGACAUAUAUGUAUAUACUAAAAAGCAAUAACCGAGGAAAUAUGCGAAUAAGACAAAACUGACAAAAAAGAUAAUAUAGGUUUAAGUGCAAGUGAAAAUCGCAAUUUUGGUUCCAUGGAAACAAUGGCUGUUACGUUUUUGAAGAAGUUACCACGAAUUCUAAUAUGGCUAUGUUUAAUUUCAUUAUUUUUCGCGAUCAACUAUGUAAUUAUAGACAGUUAUAAUUCAUUUCAAGGACAUCCAACUCAAAGUAAAACUAGCGAUAUGCAUAAGUCAAAAGCCGUGGCUUAUAGUAAUGCCAGUGCUAAACUUAAAAAGAACAAUAUUGUUAAUCAUGAUAAGAUAAAAGAUAAACAAGCCGGAACAAAGAAGAAAGAAAGUCAAGAAUCAAAACUGCACAAAAGCAAACCUAAGAAAUCCGAGUAUGCAGAUCAACUGUUAAAACUAACCAAUAAAACACCAAGGAAAAUUAUAGACAUCAUGGGUCUUCCACCAAUUAAAUUUGACCAACGGUACAAAAAUCCAUGCUUCAUUGGUGACGUCAGCAAUCCAUUGUUUCAAGAUGGCAGACUACAUUGUCUGCCAUAUUUCUACAUUAUAGGAGUUAAGAAAAGUGGUACCUCUGACUUUUUCAACAGAAUCGCAGCGCAUCCAGAAUUUCAGACACCAAGUUUCAAGGAGGCACAAUGGUUUCCUAGGUUACGCGCCGGUAUAGACACUAAAUUUAUCACAGAAAGAUCCGAUUUUAUAAAUACUAUCCAGAAAGGUAUUGAUAAUCGUAGUAUUAAGUUUUACAUCUCAAUGUUUGACAGUGCAGCAGACGGCAUUCAGAAUUGCACGAGACGGAGGGUCACCACUAAUAAAUGCAUAACUGCGGAAGCCACGCCAGCAAAUCUUCACAUGCACACCGGCUGGAAGCUGAUGCCCGGCAACGAAGGAUUAACGGAACCACGUUAUACCAAUUUUCAUUAUAUCAAACAUUUGACGCCUGAUGUAAAGAUUAUCAUUAUUUUUAGAAAUCCAGUGUCAAGACUAUUUUCGGACUUUAUGCAUCAGAUUAAACUAAGUAGUGAACAUAAUAUUGAUGAACAUGAAGCAGCGAACAAGUUUCAUCAUGUUGCCAAAACAUUGAUAGACGAAUACACGAUAUGCUUUGAUAAAUUCUCGAUGAGACGCUGUAUUUAUGAUGAAGAAUUUGAAAAAGGACUUCCACAGGGGAGUCAGUAUUUGGCUGAAAGUUUCCGAGCUGGUUUUUAUGCCUUUUACAUGGAAGAACUCCUGUCUGUAUUUCAGGAGGAUCAACUAUUUGUCAUUAAUAUGGAACAAUAUCUUACAAAAACGAGACAAACUUUAAAAGAAACGUUCAAGUUUCUUAACAUGAGUGCAAUAUCUUCAAGAGAAUUGUCAGAAAUACUGAAUUUUAAUGUAUCUAACGAAUCCAAGAAGCAUUAUGACAUGUUGCCAAAGACUAAACAUCUGCUGUAUGAAUUCUAUAAACCGUACAACAAACAAAUGGCAACACUUCUGAAAGACAAUUCUUUUUUAUUUCCGGAAAGAUAAUUCGUUCCAUUAUAUUAAAUAUUUACAGAAAAAUAAUCAUUUCGUUGUUAUUCUUUUAAAAUACAAGUCAUGCCGCGGUGUUUUAUUUACCGUAUUUAUUUUGUUUAAUUUAGGUUUACUCACACUAACCAUAUAGAUCAUAUGGCGACUUUCCAUCUUUAAAUGCU